UUUUGUAAAAUUUAUCAGAGAAUUUCAUAAAAUUCGAGUAAAAAUGAGUUAGAGCUUUGAUGAAGCAGGUUCUGCUACAUUGAAUUUCACGUGUAAAAACUACGGUCGCGCGCAGUUUAAACAAGGUUCGAUCAAUCAUAAUUUUUUUUCUAAAUAAACAACGGAUUAGUUUUACAUGUGAGACUCGCGGGCGACAUAUUCCACAAUCUUUAUAUCGGCGGCUUCCGCGGAGGGACGGUUAUUUUUGCUGUUCCGAGCAGACCCCUUUAAGCUCUUUAAGAGCCACGGGAGAAAUUUGUUUGUGUCCAGUAGGAGGCGCCUGUGAUAGAGUUCGAAAACAGGAGCAAGUCGAUAGUAGUAGCCGCUGGUAGUUUCACUGGAAAUCGCACGACGAAGAGUUACUGGGACAGGUCUAUACAUAUGCCAUUGUCCCCUCUUCCCUCUCCCCAUCCCUCUCCGCGCUUCGGAACCUGCGUUAAACUGUAGAUCGUAGAUUAAUGGCUAGUAGACUAUGUUCGAAAAUGGGGGGGAGUGAAACCGUUUAUAGAGCGUAUUCCCAUAUUUUCCAAGGAAGCCGCCGCGCCUCGCCGCUGUUUUCGAUCUUUAUUACGGGCAGCUAUCGGCCCAUAAAUUUGUGAGAAUACUCGCGCGACCGCACGAGUUUACUUUAUUAGUACUUCUACCUUUUUAUAUACGACUCUACGAGGAGCGAUCGCUGGAUUUGUAUUGCAAAAGGCGAGACGCGGAAACUGAAGUAUUUUAUGUAAGCGCAACAGUUCCGCGAGUGAAUAAAAUGCAGACCGCCAAACGGGCAGGCGAUGAUCGGACACAUCUGUGUUUCGCGCUGGGAACACGCGGCGAGAGAAUUACGGACAUCUCUCUUCGGGUUAAAAUUAGCUUCUCCACGCUAGUGCAAUCUUCCUCCCAUUCCAGCGGGUGAUCACACGUGCCGUCAUACGUGAUGGAAGAUUCAUGGAGGUUACCCAUUGUUACAUAGGCGGGGAGAGGAGCCUGGCUUGGCUGCGCCGCCGUUGUCGUCGUCUUCGUCCCGUUCGUUCAUCUCCCGUUCGUUCCGCGCGCCAAGUAGGCGAAAGCCGUACUUUUAUCACUGUCGAGGAACGGAAUUUCCCCGUUUCUAAGUUUCCACGUGCAUAAGGUGCGGGAUUCUAGACGGCACGAAUUAUACGCUAUUUGGGGCAACGUAAUAUGUGGUGCGUCUGACGGCGGCGGCGGCUCGCUUUUCGCGUGUUUCCGUAAUUCCAGAAGCGCCGUUUCGCAUUCGCGCACCCCUCUCUCCUCGUCGUCGUCGUCGUCAUCGUUCUUCUUUCGUAAUUCUUCCCACCGGAUCACGAAGACCACCAGAUAUCGCGUGUGACGAACUGCUACUUUUCGUUCUCCUCCUUCCUUCCCCUCCCCUCCUCCCGCGCGUGAACGUACGUACUUUUGCACGUUACGCCUUCGUAUUACGUAAAGUUAUGCCGCCGUUUGCGGAAUAAAUCGCGCUUUCUUCAACAGCCACGCUUGCGUUAUUACGCAAACUUUUACUCCUCGCCUUCCCUCCGUUUCUCCUGCUUUCAAUGGGGAAAAUUCUCGAACGUGAGGGAGAGACUGGGGUAACAGAGCGCGGAUCCCACAGUCACUCUUUCUCUCCUGUCUGGAGAAUGCCAUGUAAAACGAGCGACGGGAAUACGUUACCUGUCGGACGCCGAGUUGCGGCGGACGCGAAAGGAUAAAUCGAGUUCAGCUAUGCGAAACUAAUAAUGCCGCGUGCCUGUCCGGCAUUUUCCCUCGAAACGCCGCGACGCGGCGCCUCGUUCGCUCGCCCGGCUUUAACGCCCGGCUUCCGCAAGUGAAGUCGAUGUACAUAACGCGGGAGGCGUAUAAUACAAAUUAACGAAUGCACGGGUGUUUGCUCGCUCGCUCACUCCUCGUCCACGUCGCUCGCCUUGCAAUUCGGUUAGGCGCUGACUCACACACGCCACGCACGAUGACUCAUGCACGCGCGUACGGUAUACUCAUCCCCUGCAGUAUGACGAAUAGGGGGUACGUCCACGAAAAAGAGAAGAAGAAAAAUUGGAACGUCCAUCUCGACACGCUCGAGAACUGAACUCCGGCGUGCACUUCCGGCGUGUUCAAUUUCCGACAGGUAGUACGUACGGGCAAGCAAUCCCUUUUCCCUCGGAGAGCUAAAUAUUCAUUUGCAAGCGCGACUGCGUCGAGAAUUAUUUCGCCACUGAAAAGGAAUUGUCGGAAUGGAAAUUUGGUGGAAUGAAUGGACAUCCUGCUGCGAGACAUGAACGCGCCGUGGCGAUGACAAGCCUGAUCUUGGAGAACGCCGACUUGAAUCGACUCUUUCCGAAAUGCCGGCCUAGGGGCGGCCCACCCCCGGCCCCGGGGGCCUCCACGCAGAGCAGCCAGCAGCCGCAUGACAGCCCCUGCCAGACGGAGGCCGCCGCUAUCGCCACCAUCGCCACCGCCGCGACCGCCGCAACAGCCGCUGUCACCAUCGCCUCUACGAACACGUCGACGAGCGCCUCCGCGAUAUCGGACGACAUGAUCGACCUCGAGCGCGACACCUCCGACAGGUAUAGGAAACGAGCGAAUGGCAGAAAAAAAUCAGGUUCGCUGUCCCGUAGGACGGCGAGCGUGGUGCCCGGUUUCACCGUCGAGGGCCAGCUGCCGCCGCACGCCACGAAGCCGCUUUCGUCGAGCUCCUCCUCUGCAUCCGGGCGCAGCGAGGACGCGCCGCAAUACGGUAGCCUGCCGGGUAGCGAUCAUCAGGGACAAUCGCAGCAGGAUGACAGCGGACCCGAGGGAAGCCCUGUGUACAUUUUGACCUCGGCCAAGGGUGGCCCCAGCUAUAAGCUUCGGGAUUCGAGAAUUAUAGAAAUCGCUGGUGGCCGAGAGGUAUUCUCGCAGAGCCGAGGGAAGGUGGCGGCUAGAAAGUCGCGAUUCCUGGCCGCGUCGAAUUCCAUAAAUAACGAGGACAUUUCAACCGAUAAUAAGCUGUCGAUUAAGAAGAACAACAAGUCCCCCAGCUCGCAGACCAUAUGGGAGUUGCGCAGCCGAUGCGGUGAGUCGAGGAAGCAGCGCUCGAAUCGAGAGGUGACGGAGACCGUGUUCGCCUCUGAGGUGCACUCGGUGCGACGUAACGCCACGUCGAAGUCCAUUCUCGACUACGACUCGCCCAAGAGCAACCGCAGCAGCAAUCGCAUAAUCAAUUACGAUUCAAUCCUGAAUAGCAAUAAUGUAGAGUAUACGGUACCGAAAAGUAUUACCGACCUGGACUAUGGGCUACCGAAGAGCUGCGUAGACUAUCAGUCGAAUCACAACACGCCCGCGAGGAGCAUGGCUAUUGUCAGCGAUGGCGAGGUCGUGGUGUUCGACGACAUCGACGACAAUUGGCAGGGCUUGCGGCUGGAUCUGGCGUCGAACAAUACGAACCAGGUCAUGACGACGAGUCUGGACCUGGAGACCGACGAUUCGCAGAGAGGUCGUAUCGCCCCGGAACCACCGAGCUCCAGCGUCGGCAGUACCCCCAGUCCCACGACGGCAUAUCAUCGCAAUACUUCAGAAUUCUUCAAAGUUGUUACACCAGCGAGCGAUUGCGAGGCAGAUUCUCCUUCUCCAGAGCGUAAUCAUAAAGUUGCGAGAGUAAUUGGCGAGUUACCGAUCGCACAGUAUUCCGGCAGCCCGAGACGUUAUGGAGUUCGUGAGAAUACGCAGCUUCCUAGCUUAUUAUCGUCCCCGUCAAUGUACAUGACACCAAGGCCUGGUUUCCCGCAAAGAGUCUUACCAACGACACCAAAUCACAAUGAGAAGGAAGACACUUCUGCCGAAAUUGUAGUAGACAAGACUGUGAUAGAAAAUAUUAAUACCGAGGAUCAGCCUAUAAAUACAUCAUCUCCAUCACCAAAGGCCGAAGAGGAAGAGGAAGACUCGUUAAAGCCAUCAACUUUGCCUGCUGAUAACAUAAGCAGUCUUGUCUCGCCGGGAGGUAGCACCUUCGACUAUCUGUAUGAAUUUUCAGAAACACGGAAAGUGUUAGAAGAAUUUUUCAAGUGCCCAGCGCCGACGAAAGAGAAGGAAAACAACAUAGAAUCCUUUCCUUUCCAGGAUCUCGAUUAUGAAUUACGAAGACAAGGUGGAAAUGCAUAUGUUGGUCAGAGAUUAGCCAGCGGUCCACCUGCGACAGAGGAGGUUAUGGUACAUGAAUCUCCUAAGAAACAACGGGCGGAAUUUCCACAAAAUACAGGUGAACAUGAAAACAACUUCCUGGACCUUUCGGUAGGUACUGGCAGCAGUGAAGAUCUUGGAGAGACCGAGGUUGGUUUGCAAGUGGGACACUCGCGUAAUUUUACAUUGAGCCCCGAAACAACCGACUGCGAUAGCAAUUGCGGCGACUUAGACAGUGAGGUGUCUCUCAUGAUGAUGGAUAACGAAUUAAUGCCGGCAAGUGGCCUUCUUGGAUCGGUCGGCGACUUGGGAAAUAAUUCCGAUUCCUUAAGAAUAUAUACUAGCAUGCCGGUGUUAGAGGACGGCCUGUCUAGUGGACACGCGAGCGACACUGACAACAAUAAUCCGACUGUGAUGCUCAUGAAACGGCAAAUAAACGAGAUAGAGAAGGAGAUCAUACAGAGAACUCGUAACGAUAUGUUAGGCACGAAUGAAAAUGACUCUGGGAAGGACGUUAGUCUAAAUGUAACAAAAGAUAUUUUACACGCGUUAAAGACUACGUCUCCCGAUUUGUUUAUCGCAAAGAAGGAAAAUUCUUAUGACACGAACGAGCUGCAGCUCGAUGGGCUGGAUCCACUGGGUACUCCACCGCCGCCGGCACCUCAAGGACGACAAAGUGUAUCCUUGGAUGUAAACUGUGGCGAGGUGGAAGCGGCUAUUAAGGAUAUUAGAAUGGCACUGCAAAGGACUAAAACUCUACCUGUGAAAUCGCCGUCGGAAGAACCACCAGAACCGAGCGUCAGUCCGAUAUGGAUACCAAGUAUAAUGGAUGACAGGCGGAGAGGAGUCUGUAUGGAGAGUAAUAGCGAAGAAUCGGAUACGCGUCGUAUAGGUGAUGAAGCCGACGUGGAAAUUGAAGAAUGUCCAGAUGAGGAAGAGGCAGAUACCGAUCUUGAAACGGAUCGGUUGCUCGGACAACAGAGAACGGACGACCAAGGAUUUUACGACGAUAAGGGGUGGAGGAAGCCUAAGACUAGGACUAUGUUACCGCCAAUGAAUGCGAAAGUCGCUACUCCAAAGCAAACCCCUCCCAAAACUUUGAGUGUCGCCCCGAUAGAAACGCUAGCACCUUCCGAGCCCAUACCCUCGACGUCUGCCUCGAUCUCCCCUCCUCCUGUAGUGUCUGUUAUACAAUCGUCAUCUUCUAACGAGUGCGAAGUAACCACUCCCGCGCAACCUACAUCGAGUCCGCAGAAGACCCCAGUCAAAAAUUCUCCCUCAUCCCCUCAGAGCCUCAAGGAAUCCAACAACAAGGUGAAAAAGGAUAAGGAGGGAAAGAAAAAGAGCAGAAACAAAGAAGACUUGUUGGAUGAUCCAUCAGUGUUAAUCGAAGGUGUCCUGUUCCGCGCGAGAUACUUAGGAUCUACGCAAUUGGUAUGCGAAGGUCAGCCGACAAAAUCGACCCGCAUGUGUCAAGCGGAGGAAGCCGUUUCUAGAAUAAAGGAUGAUGGGCCAGUGCCGAUGCAGGCAACACUCUUAAACUAUGGGGGGCAGCAUGGGUAUGGUCGCUGCAGCAUUGCCUCACAAGGAAGCCUAGAGGAGGACGAGUGCGACUCGAGCGAAGAACUUAUAGGAAGCGCUUCUGGUGGGGGCCAGUCCGAGUCGCAAGCGCUUGGGGCCCAGCCGAAACUGGCCCCGAUCAGUGGCUGCUUGGGGCCCACAACCGUUUUCAGACUACAGUUUCUCGGGUCGGUGGAGGUGGAAGAGGAAGGGGGACGUAAACGGCGUAAGCGCCUUAAGAACCACAUGGUGGAGGAGGCUGUGACAAAAAUAAAGGCGCUGGCACCGGACGGUGACACUCAACCAAGCACAGAGGUAGAUCUCUUCAUUUCGACGGAGAAGAUCAUGGUUCUUAACACUGAUCUGAAGGAGAUCAUGAUGGAUCACGCUCUACGUACGAUUUCGUACAUAGCGGACAUUGGUGAUCUGGUGGUGCUGAUGGCACGGCGUCGCUUCGUACCGCACGAAAUGGAAGAAGUACCGAAAAUUAACCGUACCCCGAAGAUGAUAUGCCACGUUUUCGAAAGUGAGGAGGCUCAAUUUAUAGCACAAAGUAUCGGACAAGCAUUCCAAGUAGCUUACAUGGAGUUCCUAAAGGCAAAUGGUAUAGAGGAUCAUAGCUUCGUUAAGGAAAUGGAUUAUCAGGAGGUGCUCAAUUCGCAGGAGAUAUUCGGCGACGAGCUGCAAAUGUUCGCAAAGAAAGAAAUGCAGAAAGAGGUAGUGGUACCGAAGGCGAAGGGAGAGAUCCUCGGCGUUGUGAUCGUUGAAUCUGGAUGGGGCUCGAUGCUGCCAACUGUAGUCAUAGCGAAUCUGGCGCCGGCCGGUGCCGCCGCGCGUUGCGGUCAGCUUAACAUCGGUGAUCAGAUAAUAGCGAUUAACGGCGUAUCGUUAGUCGGCCUGCCUUUAUCCACGUGUCAGACUUACAUAAAGAACUCGAAAAAUCAAACAGUCGUCAAGUUAACUGUCGUACCGUGUGCACCUGUAGUCGAAGUGAAAAUCAAGAGACCCGACACGAAAUAUCAGUUAGGAUUUAGUGUACAGAAUGGAGUGAUAUGUAGUCUAUUGAGAGGUGGUAUCGCCGAGCGGGGCGGAGUACGGGUGGGCCAUAGGAUAAUUGAAAUCAAUAAUCAGAGUGUUGUUGCUGUACCGCACGAAAAGAUUGUUAACCUUCUGGCUACGUCAGUGGGAGAGAUUUUGAUGAAAACAAUGCCUACGUCGAUGUUUAGGCUGUUGACCGGCCAGGAGUCUCCGGUGUAUAUAUAAAAAGCGUUCAGUUGCCUGGCUGAUGCGUAGUGAACAGACAAUACAUCCACCAUCCACUACCAUACUAUCUGCUACCUUUACUGUACAGGUUAUUCUAUGCAAAUCGCUUUGUGUUUUCGAUUCUUAUGGGACAAUUCGAUACAUUCACCAGCUCCUGCUUAGUAAAUGAAACGUAUAUAGGUACGUUACGCAGAAACGUUAUUAAAUAUCUACUAAAGCAUAAUUUAUAUGACUAUCGAUUAUCGUAAGAAAUAUACGUGUAGUACUAAUCAAUGAGAGUCUCUGUAACAUAAAUUGUUUUCUGAUAUUUUAAGAUACUGUUUCAAUACCAAUCAGUGCCGAUAUUUGAUUUGUUGCCCGAACGGUGUAAAAAUUAUCGUAAUUAAUUGGACAUCUGAUUUAUUAAAAGUUUAGUGAAACGAUAGAAAAAAAUUUUUAUGUUCGCAAUACACAAAUCAAUGUUACAGAGAAUCAGAUUAUUCGCGCCAAGGAAGAUGAUAGGUGAUGCAAAUGAUGCACAUGAUUAUAAAUAGCACAAAGCUCUUUACCAACAGCUGGAGCAGGGCUGGAACUGUAUAUUACGUAGUUUAAUGACGUAGUAAUAUUUAUAAAAAGGAUCUCCCUCUAUCUCUCGUGGAGACACUUUAAGCUAAAGUGUUUAUUUAAUCUUUUUUAUCUUUAAGGCCGACGAAUACUUGCGACGCGACGCCCAAAUAUAUUAAUUUGUACUAAAAUUACUAUCUACCGUAGUAAACUUCGGACGCGUAAAUCUCGUGAUAAAUAACGCCAUAGUAAUUAUAUAGAAGAGCACAGUAAUGUAUUCUAUACGUGAGAGGGAUUUUUUCACGAGUAGAUUAAUAUGUUUUGCAAGUUACUUUAAGCUGACUUUCGGUAAGAGAUAAAUAAAUUGUGCAUGUCAACGAAUACACGGAAAUGUUGAUGAACAAAAAUGUUAAUUCAACCAUCAUGUAUGCCGACAUAUCGCUUUAUCGACGCUAUUCUGUGGUAUAAUAUUCAUCUGUAUCAAAGAUAAAAACGUAAUGCAGCACACUCGCUACGCGAUAUUAUUUUUCGAAGCAACAUUUAAAAGGCUUUCAUUACGCUUUAUAAAUGACUAUCAUUUACGAGAAAAUAGGCAAAUAAAAGAUUUUAAAUUUUAUUUACACCAAAUAUUGCGACAUUCGUAAGUGCACAAUUUCCUAAUAAAUAUUUAAAGUCGGUGUACAUUUUGAGAAAAAGUAUGCGUGUGUGUGUGUGUGUGUGUGUGUGUGUGUGUGUGUGUGUGUGUGUGUGUGUGUGUGUGCGUGCGUGCGUGCGCGCGCGCGCGCGCGCGAUUUUUUGUUUCUCGUAAAUGAUAGUCAAUUAUAAGCUUGCGAGUCAUCUUGUUCCCCGUACAUUACAUUAAUCUUUCACUUUUUCGAUCACGAAUUGAUAAAUGUGAGAAAUGGCUGUGUAUUUAAAAGUUUAGAUUUUAUAGACAUAAGAUUGCACUCGAUUUAAAGGCACUUUAGAGUAGAGGUCUUUAAAUUUUUCAACUUCACAUCCUCUAGCUCUUUCUUCUUCUCUUAAUAUUUUAUAAAUUUCGCAAUCGUUUUAAUAGAGAUUUAACUUCUUGAUCGAAUUCUUAUAAUUCUAAUUGAAUCUUUAACUUAAAAUUCAUUAUAUGAGCUGGUCAAAGUGUUACACUGACAAUUUUUUAAAUAGUUAGGUACGUUCACGUCUCUUUCGCAAUUUUCUCACGCCAUUCUAAAAUAACAUGCAUCUCAAUUUGAAAAAUAAUAUCUUUUCUCGUUCUUUCUAUGAAAGAUUAGUGUGAAAACGCUCAAAAAAUCUUUUUAAUCGACACCUAUUUUCUUGCGGAAUAAAGUUUGUUUUAAUUACUUGUUUCUCGCGCAUUUAGUUCAUAAAAAUAGUCCUAGUAAUAAUCCUAAUAGUUCUAAUAGUAAAAAAGGCUUACAGACACCUUAUUCGUAUCAGCUUGCAGUAAGUCUUCACUUACUAUGUAUAAUACUUACAUGUAAAAUAUGUAAAUUGUACUCGACUUAAUGUGGCUUCACUGCGUACAGGCAUACAAAAUGAAAUCUAGCUUCUCUCGUAACUCUUCAUCGAUGGAAAGUUUCUUCUAAAAUAUGACAGACUGAUUCACUUCUGUGUGUAACCCAAUAAGAUAUAAAUUACUCAUUACUCCAGGAAAAUUCGAACUCUCUACAGUCGUACUACUGGAAAAAAAAGAAAAUGUCCUCUUCUAUAUAAAUACUAUAUGCCAUAAUAAUCUAAGUUUUAUCUAUUUUUGCUGAAUUUCUCACCUUUGAGCUACUCUGCUUCAAAUAUCAAGAAGUGCGAUGACAAACCUUGAGAUUCCUGACGUCUGAUAAAAUUUCAAUGCCAAAGUACAUUGAAUAGUGAGACGUAACGACGCGAUAGCGAAAUACGCAUAAUUUUUGAUGAACUGAAAACUAUUCAGACUUUAUCUGAGAAUGUGCGAAUAUCAUUUUAGAAUCGACUUAUCUUAAUUUACAAAAAGUUAAACUUGUGUUGUCUUUAUCUUCUGACAUCAAACAGAUACGUAUAGCAUUUAAAGAAAAAGCAUUCGUACGUUUACUAAUUAUAUUAUGUAAAAGAUAUCUAAUAAAUAUUCAGAAAAUUAUCUUUUUGAAGAUAGAAGCAAUAUACUCUCGAAGUCAUUCUCGACAUUGUCUAAGCCGGAAUUGUUUCCAUCUACAAUAAGAUUAGAUUUUCGAUAUUAGUUAUACAUCUUUCGCAUAAUGAAUACGCUGUUCACGUCUUGAAAUCUUCUUUCUUAAACAGCCCAGUAUAAGUCAUAGAAUUUGUGUUCACAUAGUAUUAUAUAAUACGUAUUGUAAAAACAGUCAUACAUAAACUUGUCUAAAUGAUGAGAAAUGCUAAUUUUGUAACAAAUAAACUAGUAUUUAAUCUAAGAAGAUUAAACAUGUAUUAUGGGCAUCUUUCGCUGCUUCGACAUAACGAACAUGGAUUUUGUUGUAAAUUUAAGUUAGCUUUGCAGUUACAUUUAUAUCUUCAAAGAUCUUUGAUUUGCCAUAGAUACGAUAUUUCCUACGGGAUAAUUCUCCGUGAGGCGCGCGUGGUAAAAAGAAUAUGUAUAUAAAAAUUUUGCGUUUAUGAUACCUAGAGAUAUGUAAAAGCGAAAGUAAAACACGGUGCGCACAGAAAAAGCCUCGUGAGGAUAGUCACGUGAGAAAUGUUACAAAAUAUAUGUAUAAUAUAUGAUAAUUCUAUUACUUCAUCGAGAAGGAUGUAGCGAAGUACAUUACGAUAUUGCAUAUCAUGGGAAACUGAUAUAUCAUUGCGGAGACCUUCAUUCAUUAACGGACAAAUAUGUAAAUUGCAGAGUAUGCAGAAAGUAUUAUCUUUUGCCGCAAUCAUCAGAGUCUAGAAUAAAUCGUGACUAUAUACGUUAGAGCAAAUGAAUUUUGGCAUAGAAAUUUUAACCAUAUAUUCGACAAGCAACACAGAGCGGUAUGAAUAUAAUAUAUGGGAUCAAACAAGAUGUUAUAUAUUGGGUGGCUGAAACUUAUCUAGUCAUUACGCUAAGAAUAAGAUGAAUAUAUAUAUAAAUAUAUAAAUAUAAAUAUAAAGAAAAGUAUAUAUAUAUAUAUAUAUAUGUAUAUAUAUAAAACCAAUAUGUGUAUAUAUAUAUAUAUAUAUAUACAUAAGUUAAUACUCAGCCAUCGCAAGCCACCCUGACUGAAUGUGUCUAGCCACAUUUUAAUAAUAUCUGCAACUUGUACUGUCAAUCUGGCCUUGCGUGGUCAUUACUUGUAUAUUCGUUAGAGGAAAUGUAAUACUAUUAAAUUGUCAUUAUAAAAUCGUUCGUUGACUCAAAUUUUAUUUAAGAAAAACGGACUUCUUUUAUCUCUUAAUAACUUAAAAGUAAGUUAUUAAAAUAUGGCUUAUUUUGAAGUAUUUAUGACCAUAAAUUAAUAAAUGUAGGUUUAUUUGAUAUUAUCUAUUGAUAUUCUUUGCUCUAAAUUUGUUUCCUAUUGAUAUUCUUUUUUAGAUUUUCUACGAUUGUUGGUAAAUUACAUUUUAUAUAUGAACAAAUGCGAGGAGAGAAGAUCUAUGAACUUGUUUUGCUUAUAAAUUUAAAUAAGCAUACAUUUAAAUUUGCGUCGAAAUGAGCACGUUUCGUCGUACAAUUAAUUUUCUAGCAAGAUAUUUGUAUCGCGAUCGUUCUCUUUAACGAGGGCAAUUGGCAAAUAGUGUCUGAUUUAUAAAAUAUUUCGUUGAUGACAAAACAUGUUUUGCAUCAUCGAGCCUUACAAAAUGAAAAAUGAUCGUGCAAAGUCAGUGUGAAUGGUAGAAAAAUUUCAAAAUCACAAUCGGAAUUGCUAUAAGUAAUUGAGGGGAGAGAAAACCCAGCCAUUCAUAAUAAAUAAAAAUAUCUUACACACAUGCGUGCGCGCACGCGCGCGCGCACACACACACACACACACAUACAUACAUACAUACAUACAUACAUAUAUAUAGAGCUUGCGCUGUAGCUUCACCAGUCAUGAAACAUGCUACAAGAUAUCAUGACUGUCUUUAUCAAUGUUUGUGAGUGUAUUAUAAGUUAUAAACUAUAAGUGAGCUAUUGAAUGUGUAUAUGGUAUAUGCUAGUCCACACUAAGAGAUACAAUAAAAUGUAAUUUUGAAU